CUCCGAGUCCCGCUGUGGAGCUCCAGCACGGACAUGGAGCACGACACCGAGCGCUCUUCUCCUGCAACCGAUCUCUGAGCUUCUGGUCGUCAGUGUAUCUUCGCUUUAUGUUUGUCACGAUGCAGAAGUGGAUGCUGGUGGAACCUCUCUGAGAGAGACGUGAGCGUGAAAGAGACGAGGAACUGAAGAUUAAAGUGACGAGGAAAAGCUUCGGCCGUGUCUCUGUGUGAAGAUGAUGAGCUCCGUUUUCGCAAAGCUGAACCCCCGGCGGAUCGAGUGGGAGGCGUCAUGGUACAGCCUUCAAUCUCGCGUGCUGAGAACCAAACCUCUGCACUCCAUGCAGGAGGGUUCUGGAGAUCUACACGAAACCACCAGACUGGCACAGGUUCUCACCACCGUGGACCUAGUGUCUCUCGGCGUGGGCAGCUGCGUGGGGACGGGCAUGUAUGUGGUCGCUGGGCUGGUUGCUAAGGAAAUGGCAGGACCAGGAGUGAUCUUGUCGUUUGUCUUCGCCGCUGUGGCAUCGAUCCUAUCAGGCGUGUGCUAUGCUGAGUUCGGUGUGCGAGUGCCAAAGACCUCCGGCUCGGCGUACACCUACAGCUACGUGACGGUGGGGGAGUUUGUGGCCUUCUUCAUCGGGUGGAACCUCAUUCUGGAGUACCUGAUCGGCACGGCGGCCGGAGCGAGCGCUCUCAGCAGCAUGUUCGACUCUCUGGCCAACCACAGCAUCAGCCGAUACAUGAUCACACACCUGGGCACUCUUAACGGCCUCGGUAAAGGAGAGGAAUCGUAUCCCGACCUGCUUGCGCUGGUCAUCGCCGUCAUGGUGACCAUGAUCAUAGCCGUUGGAGUGAAAAACUCUGUGAGCUUCAAUAACGUCCUGAACGUGGUGAAUCUGAUCGUAUGGGUGUUUGUGGUGAUCGCCGGACUCUUCUUCCUGUCUGCAGAGAACUGGGAGGACGGCAGGUUUCUGCCCUAUGGCUGGUCAGGGGUGAUGCAGGGAGCUGCUACUUGUUUCUACGCCUUCAUCGGGUUUGAUAUAAUCGCCACUACAGGAGAAGAAGCUAAAAGUCCGAACACCUCCAUUCCCUACGCCAUCACCGCGUCACUUGUCACGUGUCUAACAGCAUACGUCUCUGUGAGCGUGAUCCUCACACUGAUGGUGCCGUAUAAUCUGAUUGAUGGAGACGCUCCUCUGAUGGAGAUGUUCGCUGUUCACGGCUUCAUGGCAGGGAAAUACAUCGUGGCAGUCGGAGCCAUCGCAGGACUUACGGUCAGUUUGCUGGGUUCGCUUUUCCCCAUGCCCCGAGUCAUCUACGCCAUGGCAGGGGACGGGCUGCUCUUCAGGUUCCUGUCCCAUGUGAGUCCGUACACAGAGACCCCCGUGGUGGCGAGUGCCGUGUCUGGGUUCCUGGCUGGGUUCCUGGCUCUGCUGGUCAGUCUGAGGGAUCUGAUCGAGAUGAUGUCCAUCGGCACUUUGCUGGCGUACACGCUCGUGUCUGUGUGUGUGCUGCUGCUCCGCUAUCAGCCUGAAGGAGACGGAUUCGUCGAUGUGCUCCCAGAGGAGUUUCAGAAGACUAAAGAGGGCGUGCUGGCGGAAUGCGAGCGUGAGUGUGACCUGUACUCCCCCACCAGCGAUGGAGACGAGUACGGCAACGCAUGCGGGGCCAAGAACCUUCCGUCACAAGGCGACGAUGAGAUGCUGAUUACCAAAUCAGACUCUGGUGGCUACCAGUCAGAGUCCUCGGGGUACAGCAUGGGCGAGAAAGGGCCCGAGUUUGAGGAUUCGGACAGCGCUGUGACGUCCAUGCUGAAGAGAGCACUCGGUGCUAAUUACUACACCCUUCGGAUGCGACUCGGACUUCCCGAACCGGGCUCUCAGCCCACACCUGCUACAGGACGCACCGUCACCUACUGUGUCCUCGUCUUCUUCGUCCUCACAUUUCUGCUGUGGGCCGUUGUCAUAUACGGCCUCGACCGAGCCUCACCAGGCGCUCGCUGGGUUCUCGUCCCGUUCGUCAUCACCAUCAUCGUCUUCAUGACCUUUUUAAUUGUUGUUAUUCUACGGCAGCCUGAGAGUCCCAAAAGGUUACCGUACAUGGCUCCUUGCGUCCCCUUUGUGCCCACAGCCGCCAUCCUGGUGAACAUCUACCUGAUGCUUAAGCUGUCCAGCAUUACCUGGGUCCGCUUUGUUGUGUGGUGCUCUAUAGGUCUGAUGAUUUAUUUUGGUUACGGGAUGUGGAACAGUUCUCUGGAGCUGAGCACACGGGAGGAGGAGGCCCAGGCCAGUUCAUAUCAGAGGUACGAUGCUGGAGUGGAUGAGAGCUUCACGGUGGAUGAUGACCUUCACGUGAAGGAGGACGGAGAAGGAGGACGGUAUCAAGGCUGGGCGGCCGAGGAGAAGGGCUACCACCAGGACCAGCACCAGGACCAAUACCAGGACCAGCACCAGGACCAAUACCAGAACCAGUACCAGAACUACCAGUAGCAGUGCAAUGAACACAGGGCGUCCUCCAGAGGAAACUCCAGAGGCAGGAGCAGUAGCGGCUUUGAGGAGCCGGUUAAUGAGGAUUCGUCACCGAUGUGUG